CAUGUAAUUAAGGGCCAUGUUUUUCCUUUUCAAAUGUAGCAAAGAAAUUAACCUUAGAGGGAAUCUCGUCAGUUUCCAUCCAUUGGCAGUUACUGUUGGUUGUUUUUUUUUUUAAUGCGUUUGCAUUUGUACGAGGACAAACUGUUUCAACAGCCUCAUCUGCUUUCCUGCAGCUUUUAAACAAUACCCUUCACUUUAUUCAGCUAAAUGACUCUUAUUUCCCUUCUCCACUGAGAAAAACAGAAACUGAGUCAAAGAAAUGAAGCAUUUGGCUUUGGCCAUUUUUCUUGCUGUUUUGUUCAACCAACACCUUACUGUUCAUGUUGAAGCAGGGGAUAACUUUAUCAGGACCAGAGGAGUUCAUUUUCUGUUGAAUGGUAACCCUUACUAUGCAAAUGGUUUCAAUGCCUACUGGUUGAUGUAUGUGGCUUCUGAUCCAUCGCAGAGGCCUAAAGUCUCAGCUGCAUUUCGUGAAGCUACAAGUCAUGGCCUCACAGUGGCUAGAACUUGGGCUUUCAGUGAUGGUGGUUAUAGACCUUUACAGUAUGCGCCAGGUUCCUAUAAUGAACAAAUGUUUAAGGGAUUGGAUUUUGUAAUAGCUGAGGCAAGAAGGUAUGGAAUCAAGCUCAUUCUCAGCUUAGCUAAUAACUAUGACAGCUUUGGAGGAAAGAAACAAUAUGUAAAUUGGGCAAGAAGUCAAGGGCAGUACCUGACAUCUGAUGAUGAUUUCUUCAGAAAUCCUGUUGUUAAGGGCUACUAUAAGAAUCAUGUAAAGACUGUUCUCAAUAGAUAUAACAGCUUUACUGGAAUGCAUUACAAAGAUGACCCAACGAUAAUGGCCUGGGAGCUUAUGAAUGAGCCUAGAUGCACAUCAGAUUCCUCCGGAAAAACUAUUCAGGCUUGGAUAAUGGAAAUGGCUUCUCAUGUCAAGUCCAUAGACAGAAAUCACUUGCUGGAAGCUGGUUUAGAAGGAUUUUAUGGACAAUCAACUCCUAAGAAGAAGAGACUCAAUCCCAGAUUGGAUAUUGGAACAGAUUUCAUUGCAAAUAAUCGCAUUCCUGGCAUUGAUUUUGCAACAGUCCACUCAUAUCCUGACCAAUGGUUAUCCAGCUCAAAUGAUCAAUAUCAACUCUCUUUUUUGAACAACUGGCUUCAUGCUCACAUCCAAGAUGCACAAUUCAUCCUCCGAAAGCCGAUACUCCUCACAGAAUUUGGAAAAUCAUGGAAAGAUCCAGGUUUUAACACCUAUCAGAGAGACCAAUUGUUCAACACUGUCUACUACAACAUAUACUCAUCAGCUAAAAGAGGAGGUCCAGCUGCUGGAGGCCUGUUUUGGCAACUCUUAACUGAAGGAAUGGACUCUUUCAGGGAUGGUUAUGAGAUAGUUUUGAGUGAGAGCUCCUCAAUAGCUAAUGUCAUUGCACAACAAUCCCACAAGCUUGACCAAAUCCGUAAGAUCUUUACCAGGAUGAGAAACGUGGGGCGGUGGAAGAGGGCAAGAGCCAUGAGGAGGGGUCAGUGGCAUGGUAGAAACGGGGGCAGGCGCAUUGGAAACUGAAAACUAAUAUGUUUGCAUAAUAUGUAAGAUUUCUAAUGUUGAAGUGAAAUCGUUUGCGUGAAGUUUGUGAGGUUUUGGAAAUGGUUUCUCUCAUAGUGAUGAAUGUAUGUUCGUCCUGGAGAGUAGCUGGCCAUUAGGUAGUGUAAUUUUCAACAUCAUCGUU